AUGCACUCGCAUCACUCGCAUUCGGGUGAGUUUUGCAAGCAUGCUUCAUCUACGCUCGAUGAAGUGAUCUCACGUGCCCAUGAACUGGGCUUCACACAUUUUCACCUGUCUGAACAUGUGCCGCGCAUGCGCGAUGCACAUUUAUACCCUGAAGAAUGUGAAGCUGGCAUGACACCAGCGUCUCUCACGACACAGUUCCUAGCUUACUUGAGCAAAGCGCGCGAGCUACAAAGCAAGUAUGCUACCAUGCCACAUGGAAUGACUGUACUUGUGGGAUGUGAGACAGAGAAUAUUGAGUCACCGCACUCCAUUGAUGCGCUAACGGCGUUGUUGCAUGGCGUCGCAGUUCAAGAUACACCCGUGCCUCCGCCUUUUGUAGGUCGGGGGACGGUAGAUUAUAUCGUGGGAUCUGUGCACCAUGUUCACGGUAUUCCUAUUGAUUUUGAUGAGCCAACAUUCCUGAAGGCUUUACAAGUUCAUGGUACGAAGGAUGGGUACACAUCCCUACUACAUGCCUACCUUGACGCACAAUACGAAAUGCUCGAGAGACUCCGCCCUGAAGUUAUUGGACAUUUUGAUUUGUAUCGCUUAUUCGAUCCGUCUGCUCCAUGGUAUCCGGAGUGCACUACGCCACACGGCCGUGAGGUGCUCAACAAGCUCAAACGAAACAUUCACUUCGCUUCGAGCUACGGCGCUUUGUUCGAAACUAACUCCUCAGCUUUUCGCAAAGGAUGGAAAGAGGAAACAUAUCCAGGUCGCGUAAUUUUGCAGCUGAUUUUACGUGCGCAUGGCCGCUUGGCAUUAUCAGAUGAUUCGCAUGGUGUGCACCAGGUGGGCCUAAAUUAUACCCGAGUACGAGAUUAUUUGCUGCGAGAGGGCGUGAAUGAAUUGUGGUACCUAGUUCCUGGUGGCACCUUGCCCUGUGCUGAUAAAGGUGGUAACCUGUCGGAAGUGCAUGCGGCGUCGGAAGAAGCUCGCCAAGCACGCGAGUUAUCGGACACACCAGGUCGUGAUGCGCCUACUUUAUUUCCACGUGGUACGAAGGCAUUGUGCCUUAGUGACUGGCAUACACACCCAUUCUGGGAUAGAUUGUCGUCCGCUCUCCCUGUGCCCCCACCGUAG